AUGGGCGACAGCAUCAACCGGAACCCGCACCCCGACUUCAAAAAGGUCGAGGCCUCGCGCCCCGGCUGGGAGGCCGACCAGCGCUUCCACUACACCAAGACGGCCGACCCGGAGUGGUCCUUUGGCCGCGGCCGCAACGCCCUCGCCGACGCCGGCGCGGCCCGUCCGCACGUCGCCAUCGAUCCGCACGCCGGCGACCGCCCCGCGGGCUUCAACUACAAGCUGCUCAUCUCGGCCAUCACCCCGCGGCCCAUUGCCUUUGUGAGCACGCGCAGCGCCGACGGCCGCGUCACCAACCUCGCGCCCUUUAGCUACUUCAACGUCGUCACCCACGACCCGCCCGUCUUCAUGAUUGGCUUCUCGUCGAGCGUCGCCGAGGCCAAGGACACGCUCAAGAACCUGCUCGACUCGAAAGAGUGCGUCAUCAACAUCAUCUCCGAGACGUUCCUCGAGGCGGCCAACUCGACGAGCGUGGACGCGCCGUUUGGCGCCGACGAGUGGCGCGUCAGCGGCCUGACCCCGGAUUAUUCCUGCGAGACGGUAAAGUGCGCGCGUGUGAAAGAAGCUGUCUUUAGUGUCGAGGCCAAGCUGGAUUCCUUCCGUGAGUGGGACAGCCGCUCCAAGCCGGGGAAGAAGUCUGGCACCACGGUCUUUGUCGAGGGCACGCGAUUCUGGGUGCGCGAGGACGCGCUCAACGACGAAAAGAACAUUGUUGAUCCUGCAAUUCUGCGCCCCAUGGGUCGUCUCGGUGGCAUCACCUACUCUCGCACCACGCAGGGCCUGGAGCUCACUCGUCCCAAGUUCAACGAGGACGUCGGCGGCCUGGAAGGCUACGAGAAGCUACCCGAGCGCAAGGCUUAA